UAAUUUUAUUAAUUUUGUACAAUUUGUAAAAUUAAAUAUCAUUUAAAAUAUGAAUCUGUAUAUUAUAUUUAUUGUAACAUUUCUAAAUUGCUACGUGAAUGGGGUGCUUACAAAUAGGUUAACAAUGUUUAGGGGUCGACCCAACGACAUGUAUGGUAUGGUUAGACCACCCGUUCGUGAUCCGGAUGAAGUACUUAAGGAAAUCAAACCGCAAUACUAUGAUCAGAGACUCAACCAUUUUGACGAUAAAGAUAACCGCACUUUCAAACAGAUCUAUUACACCGACGAUUCGCACUUCAAAUCUGGUGGACCGGUAUUUGUGAUGAUACAGGGGGAGGGGGACGCCAGCCCCGAUUGGAUCACCGAUAGCUCCAGUUUUAUGGUCAAAAGUGCCGAACAGUUCAACGCAUUUACGGCAACAUUAGAGCACCGGUACUACGGGGAGUCUCAACCGUUCAACGACACGAGCGUUGAACACCUGAAAUACCUGUCCACCGAACAGGCGUUGGCCGACACGGCUGAGUUCAUACAGUAUUUGACCAAAAAGUUGUCACUGAAUGGCAAAGUGAUUGUGUUUGGGGCCUCUUAUGCCGGCGCAUUGGCCGCCUUUUUCCGGGAGAAGUACCCCAACAUAGCUGUCGGUGCCAUAGCGUCCAGCGCUACCGUCUUAGCCGAAGUGGACGCUAAGGAGUAUUUCGGUGUCGUUAGCGACUCAUUGGGAACGGAGUGCUCACAGAAUAUUAGGGAAGCCUCGCAAACAUUGGACGAAUUGCUGACAACACCGGAAGGGGUGAAAAAAGUGCGACAAAUGUUCAAACUGUGCGAUACGUUUGACACCACCGACAGCCUAAACGUUGCUUAUCUGAUAUAUAACCUAGCUAUGUCAAUAGCCGGUGCCGUUCAGUACAAUCAGGACAUCGAUGGUAUUUGUCGGAUAAUGAAUGACCCGAGUGGUGGCACUCCGUUGCAAAGAUAUGCUAAACAACAUGGUUUACCAGGUGAUGAUGAUUGUUAUGAUGUCAAGUAUACUGACCUGGUUAAGGCAAUGAAUCAUACGACUAAGAAAGGCGUUGGAGUGAGACAAUGGACUUAUCAGGUAUGCACUGAAUUCGGAGACUUCGUGACAACCAAUGUGAAGGACUGCCUGUUUGGCCACAACAUACCCGUCCACAUGCAUAUCCAACUCUGUAGCGACGUGUUUGGGCCGCAAAUCACUGUCCAAACCAUACAAAAAGCGGUGGACACCAGAAACGCCUACUACGGGGGCCGUCAACCCAAUGUGACAAACGUGGUGUUCUCUAACGGCUCACUGGAUCCGUGGCAUUCAUUGAGUGUACUCCAGGACCUCAGCAACAGCACCAAAGCGGUGAUGAUCUCAGGUCAAGGCCAUGGCGCUGAUAUGGUCUACUCGGCCAAUGAGACCCAGAGCCUCAGGGAUGCCCACAAUUUGAUUACAAAUCAAUUGCAAGAAUAUCUGAAAUAAUUGUAUUGUUUGAUAGCAUUAUACUUAAUAAACAUAUUUAUUACGAG